UCUUGGCUAGUAGUACUGUUGAGUAAUUUCUGUUGCCGAUCGUGUGUGUAUAAUAUUCCUUGUCGGAGUUUAUAUUAAAUAGUUCUCAAGGAGCAAAUUGUUUGAACCUUGCGAUUGGUCAAUCAAAUAAUCUCACUCGUCAUCAACUGAUACAUCAUCUGAAAAGAUUUACAAAAAUGGCAACUUCAAAUUCUGAAACACAGGAAGAUAUUACAACUACACAAUCUAGAGUAUAUACUAUAGCAGGUACUUUAGAUGCCGUCCACUCAAUGUUUUGUAGUAAUGAUAGUCCACAACAGAAAGAGAAUAAAGAUAUUAUACAAGAAUAUUCAAAUGAAGCUCAUUAUUCUAAAGCUAAUAAUCAUGAUGUUGACUAUUCCAAUAAUACUGAACCUGAAAUUGUGGUAAUUAGUAGUUCUGAAGAUGAAGAUGAAGAUGAAGAUGAAGAUGAAGGUGAAGUACUUCAGAAGAAAAAUGAUUUAUCAGAGAACCAAAAAGCUGAUUCGGAAUAUCAUUGGAGAAAACUCGUUCCAUUUCAUUAUUCUUCAUAUCAUGCAAAUGGGUUAAAUAAUGUUGCUAUAACUUUUACUAAUGUUCCAAACCAUGAGGAUAUGAAGAUGCUAACUAGUUUUUCUAAUCAUUUUGAUAUACCCAUAGAACUAACAUGGUCUGAUAGAAUUACACAUAUAGUUGUUACCUCAGAGGUAACAAGAGAAUUUAAAAGCACAGUACAGAUAUUUAAUGGAGUUUUAUUAAAUUGCUUUAUCGUCACUAUGAAGUGGAUUCAUGAUUGUUUGGAGAGUGGCGUUUUAAUAAAAGAGAAUUUUUAUUUGCCACCUGAUUAUGAAAAUGAAUCGACUUUCUUAACGUCCUUGCAGGUUAAAAUAGGUUUAAUUAAAUCUCCAAUGGAAUGGAUGAAGGGUUGUGUUGUUUAUGUGUUGGGCACAAUUAGUAACGAAAGACGUUCUUAUAAGCUUCUUGAAUGGAUGGACAGAUUAGGAUGCAAAAUUGUUAAUAAUAUUGCUGAUUUUAUAAAUUAUGAAUUUUUUUAUAGAAUUAUACUAGUAGAUACCAGUGAAAAUAAUUAUAGAAAUACACAAAUACCUUCUAAACAAAUUAUAAUAGAAUGGUUAGUUAAUUAUCAAGCUGUAACUCUCUACAUGGAAUGGAUGUUUCAGUGUCUAAGUAACUAUAGACUCAUGGAAAUUGAAGACUUUAAACUUGAUUACUCUUCCAAUUAA